AUGAGUUUUUGCCCAGAACAUUAAUAGAAAGUAGUUUUUUAUGGUUCAGCAUUUAGUGAAUUAAAAAAUAGAAAGCUGUGUUAGAAAUGUAUUGUAAACAUGAAUAAGAAUUUAAUGCUCAUAGAAGACUUAGAAAAGCAAUUUUCUUUAGUAAAAUUGUAAUUCAUGAGGGAAAUUUAAACGAAGAGAAAUAAGAACUUAGAAGUCUUACACUCUAUCAAGAACUACCUUCAAAAAUAAAGAAAUUAAAUUUCAGAUGUAAUGAACAUUGCAAUAACAUAUAUCGAUACUUAAGUUGAAUUAAUAAAGAAAGUUAAAGAGGAAUCUCAAGAAACCUUAUAAAUUAGUAAUAAUGAGGAUUUUUAAACCUUUUCCAAAUUGAUAUGUUAAGAAACCUCCAUAUAUAAAAAUAUAUAGGUCUCAUUGCUAUAAUAUAUCAAAAAAGUUAAUUAUACAUAAUUGUAAAAUGAAUCUGAAAAAAUACUUAAUUAGAUAAACAUUGAUGAAUAAAAAUUUUAGGAAAAUGCUUUUAAAGAUUUAUAUAUGAAGUAUAAUUUUAAUAAUGAGUCUGAUAUUAAUAAUUAAUGGAUAUGUGAGGAACAUAAAGAUAAGAUUUACUAUGUAGAUUUAAAUUAAUCUAAUGUAGUUCCAUCUAGAGUAGCAUGUAUGAAAUGUGUGCCAUAAUAUUUUACAUAAUAUACUACACUUGAUACUUUGAAAAAGCUUUGGGAAAAUCAAUCUCUGGAAAUUUAAAGUUCUAUAAACAAAAAUGAUAAAUUCAUUAAUAAAUAGAUCGGAAAAGCAAUUGAAAGCUUGUUAUAAGUUAAAGAUUAAAUUUGUUAAUGA